CCCGGAAGCCAGCGAGCGAGCAGAGGUAGACAAUCUCCGCCUUCCAAGCCCGGGAUAAGAGCUCAGAUCCCAGAGCCCUUUCAAAGUUUCCUGCAACCUAUCCGGGACCUGGGGGGAGAGGACGAUGGCGCAGGUUUUCUGGGCUCUACUGGGAGCUGCACUCAAUCUGCAGGCAGUCCUGGCCGCAGAGACAUUAGAGGUGAUGGUGAAAGAACCGGUAGGUCCAAUUAUGGAAGGCAGUGACGUGACCCUCCAGUGUCUGCCCAAAGAUCUCAACAUUUCCUCCUGUAAAUUCCAGAUGUACCACAAGUGGAUUAAUUCGUGGAUGAACAUUGACACCACAAACACACUUCGCUGCUGGUUUUACAACUUCAAUGUGAGUCGUGCGAAUGGGGAACUCCUGCUGCAGGUGAAGAAUAUCUAUAAGUGGCACAUGGGGCCCUAUCGCUGUGUGUCCGACCAGAUGGAGCGGGAAGUCGCAUCGGACAACAUCACCAUCCCACUGCAAUAUCUGAACUAUGUUUCCAUCACUGAGGUGGGUGGCCAGUUAAGCCCCUUCAGGAGCCAACGAGUCUUCAGGGUCAUGAGGGGGAAGAGCCUGGAGCUUCAGUGUUUGGCCAGAUCAUCACAGACCCCACUCUUUCAGUGGCAGCAACAGGGCAGUGAUUGGAUUUAUCCGAACAGUUCCCUCCGGAUCGAGGAGGUCACUGCCGAGGAUGGUGGAACAUACACCUGUAAGGCCACUCACCCCUCCAUCCCUAGCCUAUCACAGUGCAGGUCUGUCCAGAUUGAGGUGGUGGAAGAACCACUCAGUUCCCUGCAGCUCAGUCAGAUGAAUUUGGUCUUGGCUAUCAUCUUGCCCGCUGGCAUCCUCCUGCUGACCGCGGUUGGGGUGACCACGUGCGUCUAUCGGGCGCGCAAGGACAACUGGAAGAAAAUGAAGCCUCUUGAUGAUGAGGUUGUGAAGACUCCCAUCUGGAAAGGCAGCUCCUCGCUCACUCCGAGCACCGUCUCCGAUUCCGUCCCUCUGGUCCUGUGAAGAGGGCUCCCUUGAUGUCUAAUGCAUUCAUUUUGAAGAAUUUUACGUUUUCCUCCUUCUUUACAAUGCUUUGGACGUGGGAGAAGCGAUUGAUUUUCACGAUUAUCUAAACUUCAACUAUCAAUAUUCUUUAAUUUUUCUCCUAUGAACUGUACUGGUGCUGGGUGGGUGAAGGAAUUGAUUUUUACUACUGUCUUAAAUGAAAUUAUUAAAUAUUAAUAUUUUGGUUUUUAAUAGCAUAUUUGACAAAUAUAGAAAGUAAGGAAAAAGUUUUAAAGUACUGUAUAGGGAUUGUAAUGGAUUGGAUGGCGAGCAGUCACCAGAGUGAGAACAGCGCCACCCUGUGGACAGGAUGACUCACUGCGGCUCCUGAGUUCAUGAACUCUUUCUCUACCUGAGAUAGACUGUGAACGUUUCCUGGCUGUGUGCUCUGGCGCCUGUAGGAAGGACCGUGAGGGGUGAGGGCAGGAGACUUCAGGCAUUUCCUGGGGGAGGGGGGGUCAGUGAAAGUAGAAUGGUUGGGAUUUUUCAUGAAUUAAUCCCUUAUUUCCUGUUUGAACUGUCGUGAUUGCUGAUCAAUAUAAUGGUGUGCUUUCACUAAUUAGUUUUAGUUACAUUAGAUUAGAUUCAAUUUUAUUAUCAUUGUGCUGAGUACAGAUACAAAGCCAAUGAAAUGCAAUUAGCAUCUGACCAGAAGUGCAAAGGAAUUGUAUUAUUUACAAAAUAUGAGAGAACAGAACAUAGAAUGCACAGGCUGUUGGCCCAUGAUGCUGUGCAUUUUAACCUGCCCUAAGAUCAACCUGGCCUUUUCCCCCUACAUAGCCCUCCAUUUCUCUAUCAUCAAUGUGCCUAUCUAAGAGUUUCUUAAAUGUUCCUAAUGUAUCUGCCUCUUCCACCACGCACCUAUCAGUCUGUGUAAAGAACUUACCCCUAACAUCCCCCCUAUCCUUCCCUCCAAUCACC